CAUAUUUCUAUUGAACUGGUGGUUGUACUCGUACCCCAGAGAGAGAGAGAGAGAGAGAGAGAGUUGUCAAUGGUAGCUCUGAAAUGAGUUCAAUAGGCCAAAGUAUAUUGAUGGCACUGACUGUCACUGUGAACAGGUUUGCUUCAUCUAACGUGCAGGCAGUCCAUAGAAGAGAGCGAAAAACACCAUCUUCAACAACCACCACCACCACCACCUCAGACAUUGGAAGGAGAUGCCUCCUCUUUUCCACUCUGGUUUUUGCUCCCCAAGUCGCCGACUCCAGGACUGACCUUCUUAAACAGUAUCUGAAGAAGUCAGAGGAAAACAAGUCCAAAAAUGACAAGGAGAGACUGGAUAGUUACUACAAGCGCAAUUACAAGGACUACUUUGAGUUUGUGGAAGGAGCUUCGAAGGGAAACCAAGAGCAGCUUUCAGAGGCAGAGAAGGGUAUUAUUGAUUGGCUUCAAAAAAACAAAUGAGAGGACGUUUCACAUCACUUUUUGAAACUGUAUAAGCUGCUUAAAAGAUGUUAUUGGCAGCAACAUUUUGACUUGUUUUCCACCCUUUUACUGCAACUUCUAUUAGACCAACUUCUACCACGCUUUCAAGUUCCAAAUGUUCAGCAAGUUCCUGCUUUGGUGACUUGAUAAUGCUCAUUUUUUGCGUGAAAUUUCCAUA